UCCGUGUGUUCCUACGCUGAGCUUCUCCUCUGAGAAAACAAGAGACAUUCAUCCAAAUUUGCUUCGGCUUUUCGAAAGUCUCGAAGAUUAAAUCCCUUGAAACAUUUGCAAUCCAUGAACAACUUGAAUUUUUGCGCAAAAGGUAAGGUUUUUGAGAUUUUAGCUUCUGGAUUCUUUGGUCUUUCUACAUUCGGUACUGAAGAUUUUGGAGCGUGAUCGACUGCUUCAAAAAUUUCCCACUUUCUAUUAUUGCAAUCAGCUUAUUCAUCCGACUCUCUGCUUUCCGACUUCCGCAACUCGAGUGAUUACUCUUUUGCCGAAAACUUUCUGGUGAUCCAGAUUUUGGCUCUAGUACUGGUAGUCUACAUGAGUUUUGCUAUUUUUAGAAGUUCUGGUGAUUUGGGUUUAGCUAUAAAGGUGCUUUUUGAUCUGGGUUUGGCUAAAAUCAUGCCUUGAUCAUCUGUUUUAUGAUCAAAACCUGAGUGGCGAUCUGGGGAUUUGCUGUAUAUGAACAGAGUGAUUGGCUGAUCCUCGCUUGUUACCGAGAAGGUUGCUGUAUCUUCAAGUUACUGUGUUUGUUUGGUAAAGUUUGGUGGCUGAGUAGUAUUUUGUUGUUACUGUUUCGACAUUUGUAUGUGAUCGAGAUUCGACAAUGGUGAAUUGGUGAUUGAAUUUUUUGGUUUUUCCACUGCCAAAUUUCAUGAAAGCACAUAGAUUUUGUUACAUAGAUAGUGAACAAAUAAUCACUAGAUUUGCUUUAAAUUAUGGCAACCACCUCUCCACCUCCAAAUUCAACUCCCUCCGGGGGGCCACCAACUCCGCCGAUCACUUCAUCACCACCCUCUGGUACCAUGUCACCGCCACCCCAAUCUUCAUCUCCUUCCCCUCCACCUUCCCAGCCUGAUGCAAAUCAAACAGAACCGCCAAGCUCUUCAACUUCAUCCCCACCUCCACCAGGUCCCUUGUCUCCUCCUCCAGCCACACCACCAUCUGUGCCAUCACCACCUCCUUCUGUACCUUCAUCUUCACCCCAUCCUCCUCAAUCUGUUCCACCUACAGCACCACCUCCACCAUCACCUGAUGCUAGUCAACCACCAACAUCCAAUUCUCCACCACCACCAACAUUAUCAUCACCACCACCAUCUAAUUCAUCAACUUCACCACCUCCACCAACAUCCAAUCCACCAGCUAAUUCGCCUCCACCACCGCCAUCAAACCCCCCUAGAAGUCCACCUUCACCACCACCACCAUCAUCAUCACAACCGCCAGAAACUUCACCUCCACCACCUGCAUCUAUUCCUCCUCAAGAUUCACCUCCACCGUUGAAUUCACCUCCACCACCGGCAUCAGAUCCUCCUGAAAAUUCACCUCCACCACCAGCAUCCAAGCCUCCUGAUAAUGCACCCCAACCUCCUAUUGCUACUUCUCCACCUGCUUCUCACCCCCCACCUUCACCUUCGAAGUCUACUCCUACGUUAUCACCUCCACCUCCCUUAAUAAAAUUGUCACCACCUCCUUCCCAAAAUCCAGUCCCACCUUCAGAUAAUGGGCCCACAAAUGGCUCUAGUCCUAAUGCACCAGAGAGUUCGCGUUCUUCUGGUAGUACUGCCAUUGGUCCAGGAGGUGUGGCGGCUAUUGGGGUUGCUGUGGGGCUCUUAGUGCUUGGUCUAGUCGGGUUGGCUGUUUGGUGCUUGAGAAAGCGAAGGAAAGAUGUUGCUGGGAUGAAUGGUGGUUAUGUUAUGCCCUCACCCAUGGGCUCUUCGCCGGGAUCAGAUUCAUCCUUUUUGAAGACGCAAAUGCAAUCUUCAGCUCCCCUUGUAGGAAGUGGGUCUGGCAGUGGAUCUGUUGUAUAUUCCCCACCUGAGCCAGGUGGAUUGGGCAAUUCAAGGUCCUGGUUUACGUAUGAAGAACUUCUCGAGGCCACAAAUGGUUUUUCAAUUCAGAAUCUUAAGGGCGAAGGGGGAUUCCAUUAUGCCUAUAAAGGGCUAGAAUCAGAUGGGAGAGAAGUAUAAUUUAAGCAGCUAAAAACUGAAGAGAGCAAGGUGAACGAGAGUUCAAAGCUGAGGGUUGAGAUUAUUAGUCGCAUACACCAUCGCUAUUUGGUUUCACUUGUGGGUUAUUGCAUUUCUGAUAGCCGAAGAUUGCUUGUAUAUGACUAUGUCCCCAACAAUAAUCUUUAUUACCAUCUUCACGAUGAAGGAAGACCNNUCCUGGAAUGGUCAACACGUGUUAAAAUUGCUGCUGGUGCAGCUCGUGGAAUAGCUUAUCUUCAUGAAGACUGCCAUCCUCGUAUCAUUCACAGAGAUAUCAAAUCAUCAAACAUUCUGUUAGAUAACAAUUUUGAAGCUCGGGUUUCUGACUUUGGGCUCGCCAAAUUAGCUCUUGAUGCAAAUACACAUGUAACAACACGUGUUAUGGGGACUUUCGGAUAUAUGGCUCCUGAAUAUGCAUACAGUGGCAAAUUGACUGAGAAAUCUGAUGUAUUCUCAUUUGGAGUUGUGCUUUUGGAGCUGAUUACUGGACGGAAGCCUGUGGAUACAUCCCAACCUAUGGGAGAUGAGAGCCUAGUUGAAUGGGCCCGACCCUUGCUAGGCCACGCACUAGAUACUGGAAACUUUGAGGGUUUAACAGAUCCCAGGAUCGGAAGCAAUUAUGUUGAUAGUGAAAUGUUUCAAAUGAUUGAGGCGGCAGCAGCCUGUGUGAGGCAUUCAGCGGCUAAAAGGCCACGGAUGGGACAGGUUGUGCGAGCGUUUGACAGUCUAGCAACAGAAGAUUUAAGUAAUGGAAUGAAAGUAGGUGAAAGCGAGGUGUUUAACUCUGCACAACAAUCUGCAGAAAUUAGAUGGUUUCGAAGAAUGGCAUUUGGUAGUCAAAAUUGCAGUACAGAUUUUUUUACACAAAAUGAUUCAAAUAGUAGAGAGGCACAUGAUCAAUGUUAAGCAAUGAAGUCUUCUUCAACUGGUCUGGUGCUCUGUACAGGAUGUCAUAGUUCUUCUGGUGGCUAAGCUAUUCUAUGACAUAUCACCUUUGCCUCUUGCAAGAAUUACCAGCAUUAGGUUUAGGGACAGUUUUUGAAAUCCUCAGUCUCUUUAUUUAUCUUUUUUUUUUUUUAGCUCAAGUGCAAUUCUUCUUGUAAUUAGCCAAGCAGAAUUAGUUAAUAUUAUAUAAUUAAAAUUUUAAUA